AUGCGUAGACCCAGAGAAGAUGGAUGUGAUACAAAUGCUCAGGAGCGAGUUGUAGCAACACGAUUAGAGUGUCCUCGAAAGGAUGAAAAUAGUGCUAAGCAGACACUUCAGAUAAAUCCUUUUACAGGACAAUCCUUCUCACCAGAGUAUUAUAAAUUACUUAAUCACCGGGUAACACUUCCAGUGUAUGAAAAAGCUGAACUUCUUAAACAACAAAUACGAGAUCAUCCGAUUGUUCUCUUUGUGGGAGAAACAGGAAGUGGAAAGACAACACAAGUCCCACAAUUUAUUGCUGAAAUGGGAUUUCCACAUAUAAUAGCAUGUACACAACCUCGUAGGAUUGCGGCAAUGUCCGUAGCGGCUCGUGUGGCUUCUGAAAUGGACGUUCAACUCGGCGAUGAAGUUGGAUAUCAUGUCCGAUUUCAAUCUAAAAUGUCUGAAAAGACAAAAUUAUUAUACAUGACGGAUGGUAUGCUUUUACGUGAAGCCUUUUCCGAUCACAAUUUAUCAAGGUUUAGUGUUAUUAUUGUGGAUGAGGCACAUGAACGUACAAUAGAUACAGAUGUACUUCUUGGGGUAUUACGUCUUAUUUUAAAUAGACGUCCAGAUUUUCGAGUAAUUGUUAUGUCCGCUACUUUAGAUAUGCAAAAAUUUCAAUCCUACUUUCCUCAAGCACCUUUAAUAAAGGUUUCUGGUCGUAUGUAUGAUGUUCAAGUUAAAUAUGUGAUGGAACCUGUAAAUGAUUAUAUUGAGUCUUGUGUAGAGUGUGUGUGUAAUAUUCACAGGAAUGAACCAGCAGGUGAUAUUUUAUGUUUUCUUACCGGUGAAGCCGAAAUAGAAAAGGCUGUUAUGCGAACUAAAAUAAAAUUAGAACAAUUUGUUCUUCGUGAUACAGAGACUAUCAUACAAAAUAUGGAAGGAUCUCCCAUGAUGGUUCAAGUUUUACCUCUUUAUGGAUCAUUAAGUAUAGAUGAACAAAAACGUGUCUUUGCAUCUGUAGGAGAAAAUGUACGAAAAAUUAUUUUUGCUACCAAUAUUGCAGAGACUUCUUUAACGAUUGAUGGUAUUGUUUAUGUAGUUGAUUCUGGAUAUCAUAAACAGAGUUUAUAUAAUUCUGAUAUUCGUGUGGAUUACUUACUUCCAGCUCUUAUUAGUAAAGCUUCAGCAGAACAACGUAAAGGACGAGCUGGUAGAACUCGUCCUGGUAAAUGUUUUCGUUUAUUUCGUCCACAAGAUUUCGCAUUAUUUCCAGAACAAACACAUCCUGAAGUUUUACGUUCAAGUAUGGUGAAUACGGUAUUAUUAUUAUUAAAACUUGAAGUGGAGAAUCCAUACCAGUUUGCUUUUAUUGAUCCACCUUCACAGCAAAGUAUUAUGGAUGCCUAUUAUCAAUUAAAUUUAUUUGGAGCUGUAGAUGAUGAUUUAAAAUUAACAGAAUUUGGAAAAUUAAUGGCAGAAUUUCCAGUAGAACCUUCUCUUGCUCGAAUGCUUUUACGAUCAUCUGAAUAUCGUUGUGGAGCAGAUGCUGCUGUUAUUGCUGCCAUGUUAGAAGUUGGAAAUGUCUUUACACGACCACCAUCACGGAGUAAUGAAGCUGAUCAACAACAUGUGAUAUUUCAACAUGCAGAUGGAGAUCAUUUAACUCUUUUUAAUGUUUUUCAUGCUUUUUGGCGUAAUCAUCAAUCCGCACGUUACUGUUUUGAUCAUUUCUUACGAUAUCAAGCAUUAACACAGGCUACACGUGUUUAUACUCAAUUAACAAAAUUAAUGGGGAAAAAAGGAAUUCCUGUUAUUUCUACUUAUAAUGAUAAAACAGGAUUAUUUGAUUCUGUGGCUCUUCGUAAAGUAGUGUUAGAAGGUUUCUUUACACAAGUCGCCUAUAAACCACCUAAUUCUGAACGGUAUAAAACAGUUAAAGAUUCUCAAUGGGUGAUGUUACACCGACAAUCCGUAUUAACAAAAAAAAGACGUCCUACGUGGAUUGUAUAUGAUCGUCUUGAAGUUCAGGGACAAGAAGGAACAUUUAUUCGUGUCGCCUCAGCCAUAGAACCAGAAUGGUUAUUUUCUGUUAGUGAAUUCUUUGAAGAUCCAUCAGAGUUAAGUGAUAGUGAGAUUUCCCAUAUACUUCAAUCUCUGAAGAGUAGUAUGGUAAAAGCCUAG